CGGAUUCGUCCCACACAUCAACAAAAAGAAGAUGGUCGGUGUGAGGGCGAUGGCGAUGGCGGCCGCGCUGGGCAUGGCUGCGCUGGCCUCUGGUGAGGACACGAACGAGUACGAGUUGAAGGAUGAGGUGUUUAUCGUGGCCAACACGAUUCGCCCGUCGGCCAACCCAACCGAGACGUAUCACUACUACACGCUGCCGUUCUGUAAACCCAAGGAGCGUCAAUGGGACGACCACGACUUGGGGGAGCUGCUCACGGGGAACCGCAAGAUCGUGACCGACUACCAGGUGUACUUUGGCAUCGACGUACCGUACGGGAAGCUGUGCAAGGUGUCGAUGACGCCGGAGACGGUCAAGGCGUUCUCGGACGCGAUCGAGGACGACUACGUGUUUGAAAUGUACGUGGACAACAUCCGUCUGUCGGCGAUGGUCGGCCAGGCCGUGCAAAAGGACGCGCCACCGGGGAAGAACGUGCUGGAGCAGCACCUCAACAAGUUCGCAGCGGCCUCGACUUACGACUACUACCUCAACACCCACGUGCACUUUGACAUUGCGUACAACGACGCCGACAUUGCGUUGGGGUACGUCGACGACACCGAAGUCAAAUCCCCCGUGCCCAAGUUCGUGAUUGUGGGGGUCAACAUGUCACUGGGAGGGGACAACAAGAAGGCCGAUAACUCGGAGUACCAGUACGCGCUGUCGGAUCUAAGCAAGAAGGAAGCUUCGUUCACGUACUCUGUCAAGUGGCGCAAGGAGGCGGCGUGGACAUGGGAAGACCGCACCGUCAAGGACCCGCUGUUGCCAGAAGUACUCGAGAUCCACUGGCUGUCGAUCAUCAACUCGUUUGUGCUCGUGAUGCUGCUGGUGGCGUUCCUGUCCAUCGUCAUGUUUCGCAUUCUCAAGCAGGACGUGUCCAGGUACAUGGACCCCGAGGAUGGACUCGAUAUCAACGAAGAAACGGGGUGGAAGCUAGUCCACGCCGAUGUGUUCCGCAACCCGCCGUACCUGGUCGUGUUUUGCGCGUAUGUGGGGGCCGGUGCCCAGUUGUUUGCGAUGCUGUUUGGGGUGUUGGCGCUGUCGCUCCUGGAUGUGUUCCAUCCUACCAAGCGCGGCGGCAUCAUGGCGGCGCUGGCGGUGGCGUACCCGCUCACCGCGAGCAUUGGCGGGUACCGGUCGGCGAGCUUGUACAAGCAACUGGGCGGGCAGAAUUGGGUGUGGAACAUUGUCGCAUGUGGACUCGUGAUCCCCGGGCCGCUCUUGGGGGUGUUUGCGUUCUUAAACACAGUGGCCAUCUGGAACGAUUCGUCGGCGGCGCUGCCAUUUGGCACGAUUAUGAUUCUCAUCUGCUUGUUCCUUCUCGUGAACGUCCCCCUUACGAUCAUUGGCGGGAUUGCCGGCCGCAACACCACGAGUGUGUACCAGCCGCCGUGCCGCACCAACAAGAUCCCGCGAGAGAUUCCGCAGCCCCCGUGGUACAAGGCGCCGUGGGUGCACGUGGUGGCGUCGGGGUGUCUGCCGUACUCGGCCGUGUACAUUGAACUGCAUCACAUAUUUGCGGCGAUCUGGGGGCGGCAGAUCUACACGUUGUUUGGGAUUUUGUUUUUGGCGUUCUGGAUGCUCGUGGCUGUGACAGCGUUUAUGACGAUUGCGAUGACGUACUUUCAGCUGGUGGGGGAGGACCACCGGUGGUGGUGGCGAAGCUUUUGGAGCGGCGGUGUCACAGGCGUGUUUGUGUUUGCGUACAGCAUCUGGUACUUUUACACAAGCACGGACAUGGACGGGUUCUUCCAAACCGUCUUCUACUUUGGGUACUCGGCCAUCAUGAGCUACUGCUUCUUCGUCAUGCUCGGCUUCAUCGGGUUCCAGUCCGCGUCGGCGUUUGUCUCGACCAUCUACCGCUCCAUCAAGGUCGAGUAAGCAGCGUGUACCCGCCAAGAUAGGUUUUCAUGGCCAAGUGAAAGUAUACUACCUGUAUAUACAACCAUCAUAAUCGAAUCGUCUUUGGUAGCUAC